GCCAAUUGAUCGACAUGAUCUCGCAAUAGAAUUUGCUGAUUGUAUGAGAGCAGCCGGAUUCAUGUUGGAGAUUAAGGGCACGCGUGAAGAUAUAAGGUUUUCAAUCGAACAGCCGAAGAAGUCAGAACUGAAGAAGAAAGUGAAACAGGCGACACCGCAUGUUUUGGAUGUUGGACUCACCCCACUAGUAAUGGCUCUCAAAACGGCAAUCUGCAACAAUAAAGCCGUCCUGGAUUGGUCUCCAUCUGAGUGCAUCUUUAAGUUGAUCUUUUUACUCUGUCUCCCAGAACUGAAAAAGCCACUAAAGGCAAUAAGAAUGAUUGCUUUCAAAACUGAAGAGCUUCAAAUGACAAGUGUGUCCAUGGCACGCUGUGGAAAUCUUCUCGAGCUAGCUCUUCUGCUUAUGGUGGCUUGGGAAAAGCUGUUAGAUGAAAGCACCGACUUAGAUGAAUGCAUUACGAAAGAGUUACAAUGGACAGUUAUUGAGGAGAUUAAAUUGUUUUGUCACAUCGGUUGUGAGGAGGUUCUCAAGGCACAUAAGCGUAGAGAGAAAUUGUUGCUCUCUGCAGGUUUGAUGCUCCACAUUUUUGAACAAGCUGGUGGUGUUCUUGACAAGUUUCGUCUUUCAAAAAGAACAGAGCCAAUUGAUCGACAUGAUCUCGCAAUAGAAUUUGCUGAUUGUAUGAGAGCAGCCGGAUUCAUGUUGGAGAUUAAGGGCACGCGUGAAGAUAUAAGGUUUUCAAUCGAACAGCCAAAGAAGUCAGAAUUGAAGAAGAAAGUGAAACAGGCGACACCGUAUAUUUUGGAAAUGCCUAUGCGACCUCCACCUCUCUUUACUAACGCUAUGAUGAGGAUUUUCCACACUUGUUCAUUCCCUCGCGAUAGUCAAUUUGUGCCUGUGGCAUAUUGUGCAUCAAGAUCCCUGCCCCCCCUGGGCCAGUAGGUUUGAAGUUCUUAAACGCUAAGGGAUGGGGUUUGUUUGCUUCGUCCCUUAAAAGAGGCAUCCGCUUUGUCUAAUCGAGCAGCAUCAGCUUUGCAGAUCGCGGGAAUACUAUUUACUUGAGGUGAGUUAGUCUGUUUGGUCUUUAUUCUUUUCUACUGCUUUGUUCUUACUUGGGGUUGGCCUUUUUGUGCCUUUUGGUUGGUUCACUUUGGAGUGUGCUUGAGCUGGUGUCUCUUAGAAACUUGUCCACUUUGAGUGGGGCUAUUUUCUACCUACACAUACUCUCCCCAUAUCUUAGUGGGCUUG